GUGAGUAGCUUAUUCAGCUAGCGAGAGAACAUAGAUUAUUACAUUAGAUUAGAUUUUUCUGAGUAAAGAAAAAUAAAAGAAAAAACAAAACUCGUUCGAGAGAGUGUAGAAACAAAGAAAGAAAGAAGAAGAAAGAAAAAGAGAAUCGAAGAUUUAGAUCUGUGAUCUGAAGAAGAAGAAGAAGAAGAAAAGAUGAUGCAAGGAGGAGGAAAAUACACUACGAUUGAUAAUCAACAGCUUCAUGGAUCUGUUCCUGCCGUUACAGAUCCAGCACCUGUCACCGUCAAGUUCGCCGAUUCAAAUCUUCAGACAUUUCCUCCAUCACAAGCACAGGGGAAGAUUACCGGCGGUUCUAGGCCGCCUCGAGAUGCAGAUGAUUCAUUUUCAAAACCUGUAUCUGGUUCUUCUAAUGAACCUCAGCAGCAGGGUGGUUGGCUUCAGACAUUUGCAAUUGCUACUUACAAACCAUACUUUGAUGUCGACACUUCAGAUGUUGUAGAGAGGAUUGUAGACUCACUUUUUCCAUUCAGAGGAACUUUUCAUGAAAAAACUUCUACCAACCCUGAUUUGUAUGGACCAUUCUGGAUUUGCACUACCUUAAUAUUUGUAGCAGCAUCUAUGGGCACAUUUGUUACAUAUAUAGCACACAAGCUGAAGGAUCAGGAAUGGAACUAUGACAUAAAUCUGGUGACUUGGUCUGCUGGUUUGUUUUACGGCUAUGUUACCAUCGUUCCUCUUUGCCUGUAUGUAAUCCUCAAAUACUUCUCUGUACCGGCCGGAUUUGUUCAACUACUCUGCCUAUAUGGAUAUUCCUUGUUUGUCUUUAUUCCAGCUUUGUGUAUGUCCAUUGUCCCGCUGGAUAUAUUCAGAUGGGUGAUUGCAGGUGUGGCAGGGUUCAUGUCGGCAACAUUUCUGGCACUUAACCUCCGUGAACAUAUCAAGUCAGCGGGUGAACGGUGGUUCUUCAUAGUUGCUGGCAUUUUUAUCCUGCAGUUGGCUCUAUCCGUUGUUUUAAAGAUGUACCUCUUCACUGUAUCAGUUUAAGACAAAACCGGAGUGAGUGAAAUAUAUAUCGAAGAAAUAGAUUUUUGGCCUUUUAGGAUUUCAUUAAAAUACAGUUUAAAUGAAAUAUAAUUCACAGAUUAAACCUUUGUGUAUUCA